UAUCCCUACACAAACAUUUAAGGAGCAGGUAGCAUAGCUGCGUAGAGAACAUAGUACAACAGCUUCUGCUAAGGGUAGUAAACAUAAACAUGGGACUGAGAACUCUUCCCUUGACACCACAUGUCAAUCUCCCUUCAAAUUUUGGAGUUGCACAAAGCUUGUCUAACCACAGGGUCAAGUUCAACAAGAGCUUUAAGUUCACAGUUUCAGCUAAAUCAGAGAAGGAUGAUCAGAAGGAAGAACCCAAGGAGAGCAACCAAUCUUUGUUUGGUAAUAUAACCGAAGCUCUCGAUUUUUCUCAAGUUAGAUCUGCUGAGGAUGCUCAGCUUCUGGACGAGGCUAGAGAGUUCACCAGGUCUGGAGGGAGAAUGAAUAGGGAACAGUAUGGGGCUCUAAGAAGGAAAAUUGGAGGGACAUACAAGGAUUUUUUCAAGUCCUAUGUUGAGGUGGAUGGGCAAUAUGUUGAAGAUGGUUGGGUUGACAAAACGUGUAAGGUUUGCAAGAAAGAUACAAAGGGUGAGGCAAGGCAAGUGGACAAGCUUGGAAGAUAUGUUCAUGUAGCAUGUUUGGAGAGGUCAAAAUCAGGAAACUUCUUUACCAGACUUUUCUCAAGAUAAAGAUGAUGGUUGGGUUAAAAAUUUUCUUUUCUAGUGAUUGUACUUCAUUUAACAUGCAUGGUGGGAGAGAAUUGGAAUUGCCUUUCCGUUGUAUACCCUAGAAACUCUAUAUAUAUAGACAUUUCAAUUCAGAAUUUUGUUCAUCUUA